AUGAAAAUAAUUUACCAGCCAAUGCUGACUUACGUUACGAAUAAUGGAGCGACAGAUGCUGAGGACAGAUCACCGACAACCUCUCUCAUCUCAGGAGACGGCGAGAUCGUCGAUGACUCGGGAGACUCACCGGGAACUAGGGAUACUGAGGAAGAAGCUAUGUUGUCGGAUGAAUUUUAUUCGCUUGACACUGACGACGAGGAGGACCCGCUUAAGAAGAGAAAGGAAUCUUUAGCUAUAGAUGGUUCAUGCAGUAGCCGUCACCUCAAUUCACCGUCGGGGCAAAUAGGAACAGGAGGAGUUAGAAAAUUAUUCACCAACAGUCGGGAACGUUGGCGACAACAAAAUGUCAGCGGUGCUUUUGCCGAAUUGCGUAAAUUGGUGCCGACUCAUCCGCCGGAAAAAAAAUUGUCGAAAAAUGAAAUUCUUAGGAUGGCGAUAAGAUACAUCAGACUCCUAACAAACGUCUUGGAAUGGCAAAAAGCCCAAGAGCGCAAUACAACUCUACAGAACCACGUGAAAAUAAAGUGCGAGCCGCAUUUGAACUAUCAGCUAAAAAGUCAGAUACAGAAGGAAGAAAAAUCCCGAUUUGUAGAUCACGCGCCCGGGCAGCAUUGCGAUAAAAACGGUAAUGAUUUGCUGAUGAUCGCUCCUCUGAUCACGCCAAAUCAUCAGACUCUAAAAAAUCAAAUUUCCCAGAGUCAAAACCGCUCCAGAGUCUUCCAAAAAUCUCACAACACUUUGAUCGUGUCCAACAUCAUCUCCAAUGGUAGUUCCUCGUCUGCCUCUCUAGUUUCUAGCUUGAAAAGUCCGAGCAAGCGUUUGAAGGUUGAGCGAGACGAGGAAGAAGCUAGUAUAAAAAUCUCGAGGAAUAAGAGGUCGAAGGUCUACAAAGAUUGCAAAAAUUCCGAAUAA